ACAAAUACAGUACCAAUCUGUUAUCCGGUUGUAAAUAACACGUAAUCUUUGAAAAAAUAAAUAUUAUUUUCCUUUUGUAUUAUCUUUUUGACAGAUAAAAAGCAAUGAAGUGGUUCUUAGGUUCCAUCGAAGAAGCUAUCAAACUAUCUAAGGACAAGGAGUUAUUAUUUAUUGUGUAUAUUUCAGGGAAGGAUGAUUUAUCGAAACAGAUGUUGUCGACAUGGGGCAAUGAAGAAGUUUGUACACUGUGUGAAUCGGAGCAGUGCAUUGCGAUCAACAUUGAAGCCGAGAGUGACGCCUGUGGAUUCUUUUCCCAGAUUUACCCAGUGGUGAUUGUGCCGUCCACAUUUUUCAUCAGCACGAACGGAAUUCCAAUCGAAGUAACGGGCGGGUAUGUGGACAGUAAAGAAUUCAUCAAGAUUCUCAAAACCGUUCUUCAGACACACAAGUCCAAGGCACCAUCCACAUUCCCGAUUUCUUCAGCUACUGACACAUCUGCACCACCAUCGUCUGGUGCUGACUUUCCGCCACAAGAAAGUGAUUCCCCCACCAAUUCUACCACAGACAGCAAGGCCAAUGACAGCGGUGGAGACAUGCAUCAACAAGAUUUUGAGGCCAGAGUAGCCAUUGCUCAAGAAAAGAUUGAACAAAAGAGAGAAGAACGGUCGCUAAAAGAAAAGGAGGUUUGCAGGGUUUUUAUUAGCUAUGUGGGGCGGGAUGCAUUUAUUGAUAGGCCGACCCCUUAUUUUGCCCCUCAGUAUCUGGUACUAAAAGGAAAGAGAGAGAGAGUGAAGGAAAACAUAGCUAGAGACAGAGCUGAAAGGGCAGCCAAGUAUAAUACAGAGAAGGAAAACAAACUGAAGUCUCAAGAGGAAGCUAAAAAGGCCAAACUUUCGGUGCAGCAGAAAAAGGCUGAACUUGCUGAGUCUAAGAGGAGUGAGACUGCGCGACUACAGUUCAGACUGACGGACGGUACAAGUAUCACCCAAGAGUUUUCAUCUACGGACACCCUACAGACAGCCUACACAUUCAUUUCACAGCAUCUGAAUGGCUCUGUGACUUUGUCUACAAUUUUCCCGAAGCGAGUAUUUACAGAAGACGAAAUGACAAGUACUUUAGCGAGUCUGAACUUGGCUCCAUCUGCAGUCAUAAUUGUCAUGCCGAAAAAGCGUGCAGUAACGCAGUACUCCGGGGGCGGUGGUUCGGGGGAUCUCCUCUCGAUGGUGCUGGCUCCGCUGAUGAUGCUCUGGAACUUCAUCAUCUCCCUUUUCACCAGCAGUCCGUCAUCAUCAGCAACCUCAUCAACGUCAUCAUCGCCAGCUACACAGGCAGCAGGGGGAGACGGGGUGCGCAGCGGUGCUUACAGACGCCCAUCACCCGGUGGUAUUAGCCGUAGAGAAGGAAAUCUUCACCGCUUUACAAACAAACUGGACAAUGACGACGACGAAGAUUCGGCCACAUGGAACGGAAACUCGACACAGCAGUUGUGAAGAGUCGAGUCAGAAAUUAGUCAGAAUUUUGAUGGUCACGUGGUACAUUUUGGGGUGGUGUUGGGAAUGGAUAUUCAGGAGCAAGAUGUGUGGGUUUUCUUUAAAAAAUAUAUUUCAAAUGUAAUUUUUAAAAUGUUUUUUUCUUUAGAGUUGCAUUCCCUGACAUCCAAUAGCCGAUGUGUAUUUUUGUGCUGGGGUGUCGUUCAAACAUUCAUUCAUUCAUUCAUUCACUUUUUCCCAAGGUACAUGCUAGCGAUAUUAAAGCAGGGAUUUAUCCAGACAUUCUAUGGUACCAAACAUGGGGCCCCUUCCCAAAAGCAUGUAGCACUGAAAAAUUCCCAGUUUGAUGUAUAAGACGUUUUGUAAAUAUGUCUGUUCUAAUAAAUUAAUUUAAUAAUUGUGCAUUGCAUCAUUCAUUGGGAUUUAAAAAAACAAAAAAAAAACAAUUAUGAUUAAAUUGCACAUAUUUUCCCAGUCUUGUCAGACAUGGGACCCUGCCGAAAAACCCUGAAUAAAUCCUUGUAAAUAUUUUAUAAUACCUAUAGGGGUGCACAUCUCUUCCUCACCCCCCCAACCCCCCCACCCCUUCAGAGGUACACACCAUCUGACCAUUACUUUGCUAUAUUGUUCAUAAUUCAAGUGCUCGUAAUAUGGUAUUUUCCUAUUUUAAAAAAAUCCUGUAGGGGCAUAACACCCCAUCCCACCCCAUCCCCCCCCCCCCCCCCCCCCCCCCCCCGCACUCUCAUACAGACCUUCUUCUAUUGUGUGUACACUGCUGUUGUUGUUUUAUUCCUCUACCAGUCCAACAAAAAGGGGGACGUACAUGUAUGGUUUUGUUUCCGUCCAUCUGUCUGUCUAUCUGUCCGUUGUUUUUUGGCUUUUUUCCCCCCAAUGCCUCCAGAUAUUGAACUGAAGUUUUGUAUAUAGUUUUAUCAUGUAGAGCUACAUAUCGGACUACAGCUUUUUGUUACAUAGAGGAUACUUCCUGAUUACUGAUAAAUUAUGGUAUCACAAGACAUGGGGUGGGGGUGGGUAUUCUUUUUAUCAUCCAUUAUCAUUCUCUUCAUUUGCGAUAAUUGUAAACAAUGUGAGUAAUGUGGGUUGAAUGUCACUAUAUUUGUCAGCAGUAGACUCGUUAACUAGUAGAACGAUAGUGGUGUGACGUCACUGAUGAUAGGUUUAGUGCUGAAACAUACACAGUGAUGUAAAGAAAAAAAGUGAUAUCUCCUAGGAGAAAAAUCGCAAAUUAUAAUGCCAGAGAUAUCUCCUACAAAAGCCUUUAACCCUUUGCGACUAUGGAACGGGAAAUCCUGUUAAAAAAAAAAACACCGUUCAGACUACAGAACGGGAAAUCCCGUUGUGUGUUUUCAGUUUGUAUUUACCACCAAAUUUGUCACAGGUUGACAUGCGCAAUAGAGGCAGUGUUAACAACAACAUCCUGUAGAAGUGUUACAUGGUUUGCCGUCAGAAUGUGCUCAUUUGUUCGGAAUUUUUCAGCCUAUUUGGUAUAACUGUUCUGUUAACUACAAUGGCGACAUCCAUUUUCUACAAUACGACCUUCACAGAAAAUUACAGCGAUAGUGAUGUUUUAUCGUAAUGUAACAGUGAUAAUUCCGUUGGAAUUCCACUAGCUGAAAUAUCACAAAUUCAAGAUGACAUACCACUUUAGAGAUUUGCACGUGGUCGGAAAGAUUUUCUAAAUGGGUUUAUUCAUUUACUAAUUUUCGUAGAAAUUUGGUAUGUUUUUAUAACCAGUGAUUUUGUUUAAUAUACCUCUAUAUAUGUAUAAUAAUGAGCUCCUUCUCAUAGACAAUUGAUUUACAUUUACAAAUAUGCUUGAACCAGUCUUCUACUAUGAAUAAUAAACAAGUUAUCAUCAAAAAACCAUCUGUAAAUUUAUUCUUUGUUUAACUGUCAAAUAUAUCAAUUCCUGGGGCACUUUGAAGACAAUGGGUUAACGAGUCUGAAAGGGUUAAUGGAUGAUAAAAAGCUAUCUUGGCACUGAUAUUGUAAAAUCGUUGUAGGCUAUGAUGUCACUGUGACACUAGCCAUAGCCUCCUACAGUUUUACGAUAUAGUAACGCUAAGAUAGCAUCGAAAAUAUGUGCCCAGGUUUGACUUUCAUGGGGUUUUUACCCAUAUUUGACAGAGUUAUGGCCCUUGACCUUAGGAAAUAUGAAAAUUUGUGGGGCCCAGUACGGACAAAGUAUUGCGUUAGCAGUUCUCACAGAAUGCUUGUUCCCACAGAGGUGCCAAUAUCCCCUACCUCUUGGAUUCAGGCUGACAAACUGUUAACUUAAUUUGGUUCUCACUUAGUGUUUGCAACUGUCGUAACUCUUGGAUUUUCUAUUGGAUGGCUCUUUUAUUUGGGAUGGGGGCAGAAUAUAGCCCAAACCAGAUUUUUUUAAAUGAAAAUAAUUCUAGAGUAACUGGGGGUUUUGGUGGGUGGUAUUUGUUUCGCUGAUGUCAGAUAUGCAUCGUCAGUCAAUUGUGGAAUUGUUCCAGGGUUACUUUGAUCUGUAUAUUUGUAUAACUUCUGUGCACACCCAGUUGUGUACGUGGGCCAAGGGAAUUCAACAUAAUGUGUGGAGCGGGACAUAGCCCUAUGGUAAAGUGCUCGCUUGGUGUGGGAUCGAUCCCCAUCUGUGGGCCCAUUGGGAUAUUUGUCGUCCCAGCCAGUGCAUCACGACUGGUAUAUCAAAGGCUGUGGUAUG